ACCCCAGUGCAGCCAAGGCAUUAUUAGGCAACGAUAAAGCGUGAUUGGGGAGCAUGACGGUUUGGAUCACGUGGCCAGAGACAGACAUUUAGAAAGUAUAUAGAUUUGCUAUCUGCCUCAAUUCAAGGAGAAGGAGUGGGAGAGAGAGUGCACCUCUCCCUCCUCGCUCUAAUGGUUAAUUUUAAAUAGCAUUAUCAGAUCAAGGAAGACAGUACAAUGCUCAUCCUUACUAAUUUCUUUUAAAUUUUUAUAUACCCUACCCCUACCCGGGAUUGGGAGGGAGAAAUAUCUCUUUAUAUUUUUGUUUUUAUAUUCAUUAUUUACGAUUGCGUCAUUGGAUUUCGCUGUGGAUCGAAACCUUAGGGAUUGCGUUCCGCUAUAUGUUUAUAUAAAGGCACCUAUAUUCGGGAAUGCCAUUCAUUCUCGUUUCAUCAUCUUCUUGCUUUUCCAAUUUGCAGACACUUUCUAUCCUUCUCUUUCUACCUACAUAUUAUUAUUAGCGCUAUUGGAGGAGGGAAAACAUUACUCAGCUUCAAGACUAAUUGCUACUUCAGUCAUCCGAAGGAAGCCAUUUUGAAACAACUUAUUUCAAGGAAAAAGAAGAAAAAUACAACCAAAUGAAGUACGUGCUGGUAACUGGUGGAGUUGUUAGCGGUCUCGGGAAAGGAGUUACCGCAAGCAGCAUCGGUCUGCUUCUCAAGGCCUGCGGGCUUCGCGUUACUUCCAUCAAAAUUGAUCCAUACUUAAAUACAGAUGCGGGAACAAUGUCCCCUUUCGAACACGGGGAGGUUUUCGUGUUAGAUGACGGUGGUGAGGUGGACCUGGAUCUUGGGAACUACGAGCGGUUCCUAGAUAUCAAAUUGACCCACGACAAUAAUAUCACUACAGGGAAGAUUUACCAGUCAGUCAUCGACAAGGAGAGGAGAGGAGAUUAUCUUGGCAAAACUGUCCAGGUUGUUCCACAUAUUACUGACGCAAUUCAAGAAUGGAUUGAGCGUGCUGCUUUGAUACCAGUGGACGGCAAGGAUGGUCCAGCUGAUAUUUGUGUGAUUGAAUUGGGUGGAACUAUUGGAGACAUUGAAUCCAUGCCAUUUAUUGAGGCACUUGGACAGUUCUCAUACCGUGUAGGUUCUGGUAACUUUUGCCUGAUUCAUGUCAGCCUUGUGCCUGUAUUGAAAGUUGUUGGAGAGCAGAAAACAAAACCAACUCAACAUAGUGUUAGGGGACUACGAAGUUUAGGCUUGACCCCACAUGUUUUGGCUUGUCGCAGCACAAUGGUUCUUGAUGAAAAUGUGAAGAGGAAACUUUCUCAGUUUUGCCAUGUUCCGGUGGACAGCAUCAUUACUCUUUACGAUGUUCCCAACAUCUGGCAUAUUCCUUUACUUUUAAAAGAUCAAAAGGCGCAUGAAGCAAUCUUGAAAGUGCUGAAUCUUCACAGUAUAGCUGGUGGCCCCGCUUUAGAGGAGUGGACUGCUAGGGCCGAAAUGUGUGAUUCACUACAUGAACCGGUUCGUAUUGCCAUGGUUGGAAAGUAUAUGGGCCUUUCAGAUUCCUACCUUUCUGUGUUGAAGGCUCUUAAGCAUGCCUCUCUCAGAUGUCUAAAGAAACUCAUUGUGGACUGGGUUCCAGCUGGAGAUCUUGAAGAUGCUACGGCUCAAGAGAAUCCAGCGGCUCACAAGGCUGCAUGGAAGCUGUUAAAGGGUGCAGAUGGUAUCCUAGUUCCUGGGGGUUUUGGCGAUAGAGGAGUGGAAGGGAAAAUCCUUGCAUCGAAGUAUGCUCGAGAAAACAAAGUUCCCUUCCUCGGCAUAUGCCUAGGAAUGCAAAUUGCUGUCAUUGAGUUUGCACGAUCUGUUCUUAAUUUGAAAGAUGCUAACAGCACCGAAUUUGAUACAAGCACAAAGAAUCCAUGUGUUAUAUUUAUGCCUGAGGUUUCUAAAACACAUAUGGGUGGAACCAUGCGCCUUGGUUCUAGGAGAACAUAUUUUCAGGUUGUGGAUUGCAAGUCUGCAAAACUAUAUGGGAAUAAAAGUUACAUUGAUGAGAGACAUAGACAUAGAUACGAGGUUAAUCCUCAUAUGGUAUCGCAGCUUGAAAAUGCUGGACUCUCAUUCACUGGAAAGGACGAAACAGGUCAGCGAAUGGAGAUUGUUGAGUUGGCUUGUCAUCCAUACUUCAUUGGUGUUCAAUUCCAUCCUGAAUUUAAGUCAAGACCAGGAAAACCUUCUGCAUUAUUCUUGGGACUCAUAGCUGCAUCGUGUGGCCAAUUAGAUUCUAUCUUAAAAAGUUCCGAGAGUUGGAAGAAAACUGCGAAGAACGGGAGCGUUGAAGUCUCAACAAUGAAAUUAUCCAGAAAUGGUAACAUGAAAAUGACUGUGAAUGGGCUAUCUAAUGAUGCUUAUUUCAAUGGCAAUGGAUUGCACUACUGAAGGUUGGUGAACCUUUUUGCUUAGUCGUCCUGAGUGAUUUGCUGAUCUUAUGUGGUGAUUAUACCAGGAUUGCCUGUACAGUCAUCUGAGUUCGGAUAGGUAUAGGUUAAAGGUAUUUUAUCAGGAAAGUGUUGUAUCCCAAUCUUUUAUAAGGGGUCAACUGCUCCCAAUAUAUAUAUAUAUAUAUAUUCCAGUACGGCGCUGUUUCGAGUUUGUCUUUUCCUUUGAUUCCCAGCUGUUAGUAUUAGUGGACGAUUGGAAGUAGAGGUUAGGUUUGCUUUAGGGCUUGUGUUGCCAGCUUUCUUUGUACCAUCAGAAUUUAGACGGUAAUGUAACCACGUGUUCAUACGUGGUUUACGAACAUUUAAUUUGUGUUAUGGAAAUUGUAUGGAUUCAUGUCACCGUCGAAUAUCUGGGCUCCAACUAGGCAGUAUGGUUUUCUCUGCGGUAAAAAGCUUAUUUAAUAAAACGUCCUAAAUUUUAGAUA